AUGCACGAGAAAAAUUCAAGGAUUCGGAUAGAGAGUUCUGCACAGGUGCUUUUCGGUAAAGUAAGCUACAAAAAGAGAUCAGAGUUUGCAGUAUUGCUUGUAUGUACAUCCACAGACUAA